CAAACCGUCGAUGUUUAGUUCCAUUGAGAUAGAUUUCCCCACAUCCACAACACGAUGUCUUAAUGGAGUCUCUGUCCCUAACAGAAACCAAAAUCUUGGCUGUUCCUCACCUGGGUUCGAAACAUACUCAUCGUAGUCUUUCGAAAUCUUCGAUACCCAUUUGCAGAAUUGCCUAUGGAGGCAAUUCCAACCUCGUUUACGCACCGCAAUCGUUCUCAACAGGUUACAGGUUUCUAAACAAGAGGAGAAGCAAUCAUUCUAUUGUUGUGAAAGCCAGCCGCAGAGAGUCUCCGUAUGAGGUGUUGGGGGUUUCUGCUUCUGCAACUCCCAAUGAAAUCAAAAGAGCUUAUCGAAAACUUGCUCUUAAAUACCAUCCGGAUGUCAACAAAGAGGCAAAUGCUCAGGAGAAAUUUAUGAGAAUAAAGCAUGCAUACAAUACAUUGCUUAACUCUGAAUCUUGGAAGAGAUAUGAGGCUGGAAAUCAGACAUCCGAUUAUUCAUAUUCAACAGCUGGAAGAAACCGAAGUUGGAAUACUCAGGAUGAAGAAGAGUUCUAUGGCUUCGGUAACUUUUUGAGGGAUGCCCAAAUUACAAUAGAGGACUUCUUUAAGGACCUUCAAGAAGAAUUCAGGAACUGGGAGGCUAGUGCUUCUUCACAAGAAAAACCCAAGGGCUUGUGGGAGGAAUUGGCGGAAAUCGGGGAAGAAUUUGUUGAGUUCUUAGAGAAAGAGCUGAACAUCGUUGAUGCUGAGGACGAUGCAGGAAAGGAUGAAGGAGAAGAACUUAGAAACUACGGAUCGGAGAGAAGGGGAAGUGGUAGUCAAGCAGAAGCUGCCAAGAAGAGCAGCAUUCAGGAAGAUAUUGAUGAGAUUGAAGCCGCCCUUAAUCAAUUGAAAAAGGAUUUGGGUCUGUGAAAGGGAUUGACCAUCUGGUGGUGGUGUUUGUCUGAAGACAGUGAAGGGGAGCACAGAAUCGAUGCCCACGAUCAAUGAGUACAGAGAUGGGAGGCUCACAUUUCUGAGCUUUACUUGGAAAGGGCAUUUUUGCUUGUGCAGAAAUUGUUAACCUCAGGUUAUGUAGAUUAUUUUCUCUCAAGGGUCAUUUUUUGAGCACUUUUGUUCCUUUCGCACAAGGGUGAAACUAGAAUCCAUGUAUUUAUGGGUUUGAGAAUGUACAUCUGUUGCCUACUUAAACACUCUUACGUUGUUUGAGAAACUUUCUUCUGCCAGAAAGCAUUUUGUACGGACCGGUGAUUUCA